AUGUGUAUUACCACUAACGUUAAUGAGGCCCCAACUAACUCGCUCAUUAAUUCAAGCACAAAACAUUUAACUGAUAAUCAGAGUCACAAAGUUUUGGUGAAGUAUUUCCUUUUCAAAGAAAUAACGACUUCCAAUUUUGUACUCUUGGUUCUUCUUGGUGUUCUUAUUUGUAUCACCAAUGCAAGAAAGCUUAUUGGCACAGAGGGUUCUUUCUACAAUGAGAAAAAAAUCUUCUUUGAUCACUGGGAUUUAGCAGGUGGAGGGCUUGGUAGAGGUGGUGGUGGAGGAUUCAGUGGAGGUGGAAGAAUGGAAGGAGGUUCUGGUUCGAGAGGAGGAUUGGGUGGUGGGUUUGGAAACGGCGCUCAAGGAGGAGGUGGAGGGUUUGGUGGAGGUGGAGGUGGAGGUGGUGGAUCAGAGGGUGGUUCUGGUUCUGGAGGAGGAUUGGGUGGUGGGUUUGGAAGUGGUUCUGAAGGAGGAGGUGGAGGGUUUAGUGGAGGUGGAGGUGAAGGAACAGGGGGUGGUUCAGGUUCUGGAGGAGGACUUGGUGGUGGGUUCAGAAAUGGUGCUCAAGGAGGAGGAGGAGUUUUAGGUGGCGGAGGCGAUGCUGGAGGUGGGUCGGGUGGAGGAUCUGGUAGUGGAUUUGGUGGAGGAGCUGGUGUUGGAAUAGGAGGUGGCGGAAUCCUUUGA